GUGGGUUUGCAGAUAUUUGAACCUAACACUACUUGACUCAAAUUUUGAUUCUUGGCCUUCUCACCAGGUGUCUCUGAUCUUUUGACUUUUCCUUCUUUCCAACCCUACUCUCCGAGAAGCGCGCACAAAUCCCGGCGCGUUUCCCCCAACUUCAAACCGCAAUCAUGGCUCCCAAAAACAAAGCCCAGAAGAUGUCUAUGAGCACCUUCUUGGCCGAUGAAAGCCUUGGCUCUUGGGCUGAUGAGAUGGAGGAUAUGCCCCUUCCUUCCACCCAGCCUUUGACUUCCACCUUCAGCCGUCGCCCCGCGGGUGAUUUGGCAUUUGGCUCUGGCCCCACUGGCGGUUUCGAGCGCGAGCGUGGUGGAUAUGCCGUCCGGGAGCCUCUUGAUCUCCCUACCCAGCCCCCCUACACUUGCCACGUUGGCAACCUUUCCUUCGAAUCAACCGAUGCCGACAUCUCCGAGUUUUUCUCUGGAUGUGGUGUGACGAACGUCCGUCUCGUGGAAGACAAGUUGACAAAGGCCCCCAAGGGUUUCGGAUACGUCGAGUUCGAGACCGUCGAGGGUCUGCAGAAGGCUCUGGAUCUCUCUGGCUCAUCUUUCCAGGGACGUUCCAUCCGUACCAGUGUUGCGGAGCCUCCCAAGGAAUCUCGCCUGGAGGGCAAGGAUCUUGACUGGUCCCGGCGUGGCCCCCUCCCCGAACUUCCCCAACGCCGUGCGCCUGAGCGCUCCAGCUUCGGACGUGGCAUGGAUGCCGGCUCCGAUGCGGGCAGUGACCGCGGUGGCCGCCGCAGCAACUUUGAGUCCGACGGAAAGCCCCGUGACUUCAACAACUGGGAGCGCAAGGGACCCCUUUCACCCUCUGCCGGUGGCCCGCCCCGCGAGGGUGGCCGAGAGCACAGCAACGACGGACCCGGUUCCAGCUUCCGGAGAACCGAGGCCGCAUGGGGUGAGGGACGUUCCCAGGACGAGGGCUCGCGCCCUCCCCGCCCCGAGCACGUUCGCCCCGAGCCUACACCUACUGCUGCCGAUAUGGACAACCAGUGGCGCGCCAGAAUGCGCCCUGACGAAACCCCCAAAGAGCCCAUCACUCCCGCCUCCCCCUCUGCCACGCCUGCCGUUCCUGCUGCCCCUGCCAGCCGUCCCAAGCUGAACCUGACGAAGCGCACUGUCGCAGAGAACCCCACCCCCACCUCAGCCAGCAGCGACUCCAAGGCCAGCCCCUUCGGUGCCGCUCGCCCCAUUGACACCGCUACUCGCGAGCGUCAGGUUGAGGAGAGACGUCAGCUUGCUAUCCGCCAAAAGCAGGAAGCUGCCGAUAAGGCCAAGGCUGAGAAGGCUGAAAAGUUUGCCGAGAAGCAAAAGCAGGCUAAGGAGGCAGCCCCUGCCGUGGACCACAACGGCAAGGAUGUCCUUGAGAUCCCCAAGGGUGGUGGCAACUUUGAGAUCCUCCAACGGGCCGGUGAUGAUGGCGAGUUGACCGCUGAAAAGGAGACCGAGGAGACGGCACCUGCCGCUCCGGCCGAGGCCAAGAAGGCGUCUGCUAACGGCUGGAGAGCCCCGGCCGCUGAGGCCGGUGCUAGUGCUGGCGGUGACGACGAGGGAUGGAGCACGGUCAGUGUUAACAAGCGCAACAACCGCCGUGGACAGACUGGUCGUGGAUUCGCAUAAACGUAUCGAUACCCCAAAGCAACGGCCCGUUUUUUUUGCCCUGAGCCUUGGAUUCACCGGUACGCAGGUUGGGUUAAUUCUGGACGAGGUUCAUUCCGGUCUUGGUGCGCUGCUCGGUCGAGUUACCUUGAGCGGUGCAUCGGGAUUGGUUUGUCACUCAUAAUUACCACCUGCUUCCGCCAUUCCUCAGAGCCGGACGUAGAUUGCUUUUUCUGAUUGAGCUUUAUUCUCCUUUCCACUUCCUUUACUCUUUUGCCCUUUGGUUUCAUGAUCUCUUUUCCUUUUUCGUGGGCUAGAUUUUCCGAUAUACAUCUAGUCCUCGCUUCGAUGAUCUGGCAGUCCGAAAAGUUUCAUUUUAUGUCUUGUUCGCUAUCUAGCUAUUAUUCCCAUGCGUGACUCAAAGUGAUCUGCACAUGACCAUUACAGCCGAUGCGAAAUGAAUACUACAUGUUCCAUUUUAUUUUAUUUUUCCUCUUUGA